AUGCAUCGGGAGUCCUUCCUGGCAGGUCCAGUGCGCUCAGAGAUUCGGAUAUCAGUAUCAACAGCAGCCUGCUCCAAGCUGAUCUAUGUGAGAACAGGUAUCUAUCACGGUGGAGAGCCGCUCUGUGACAACGUCAACACUCAGAGAGUCCCCUGCUCCAACCCCAGGUGGAACGAGUGGUUGGCGUAUGACAUCUACCUGGCUGACCUCCCUCGCUCAGCCAGACUCUGUCUGUCUAUCUGUUCUGUGAAGGGAAGGAAAGGAGCCAAGGAGGAGCACUGUCCUCUGGCCUGGGGGAACGUCAACCUCUUUGACUACACAGACGUUCUGGUUUCUGGUAAAGUGGCUCUCAGUCUUUGGCCAGUCCCUCACGGGCUCGAGGACCUCCUGAAUCCUAUCGGAGUCGCCGGUUCAAAUCCGAACAAGGAGACGCCUUGUGUGGAGCUGGAGUUCUCCUGGUUCAAUCAGACUGUCGUGUUUCCAGAUGAGCAGCAGAUAGAAGAACACGCCAACUGGACCAUCAGCCGAGAGCUGGGCUACAACUACUGCCAAGGACUGAGCAGUCGUCUGGCCUGUGACAGCAGUGUAUCAGCAGGUGAUGCAGAACAGCUUCGUUGUCUCUGCUCCAAAGAUCCUCUGUACGAGCUCUCAGAGCAGGAGAAGGACUUCCUCUGGAGACACAGACAUUACUGUGUAAACAUCCCUGAGUCUCUUCCUAAGCUGCUUCUGUCCGUCAAAUGGAACUCAAGAGACGAAGUGUCCCAGAUGUACUGCCUGUUGAAGGAGUGGCCUCUGAUGGAGCCUGAAUCAGCUCUGGAGUUGUUGGACUGUAACUUUCCUGAUCCGAUGGUCAGAGAAUUCGCUCUGCGCUGCCUGGUUCAGAAUCUGACCGACGACAAGCUGUCACAGUACCUGCUGCAGCUGGUACAGGUAUUGAAGUAUGAGAUGUACCUGGACAAUCCACUGGCACGUUUCCUGAUCAAGAAGGCUCUAACCAAUCAGAGGAUAGGACACUUCUUCUUCUGGCAUCUCAAGUCAGAGAUGCACAACAAGACCGUGUCCCGCCGCUUCGGCCUGCUGCUGGAGGCUUUCUGCAGAGCCUGUGGCAUGUACCUGAAACACCUGAACAGACAGGUGGAGGCCAUGGACAAACUGGUGAAUCUGACCGACACACUGAAACAAGAGAAGAAGGAUGAAACACAGAAAACUCAGAUGAAGUUCCUGGUUGAACACAUGUCUCGUCCUGAUUACAUGGAGGCUCUUCAAGGAUUUGUCUCUCCGCUGAACCCUGUUCAUCAGCUGGGAAACCUCAGGCUGGAGGAGUGUCGCAUCAUGUCGUCGGCGAAGCGCCCCCUGUGGUUGAACUGGGAGAAUCCCGACAUCAUGUCCGAGCUGCUCUUCACCAACAACGAGAUCAUCUUUAAGAAUGGAGACGACCUGCGUCAGGACAUGUUGACACUGCAGAUCAUCAAGAUCAUGGAGAACAUCUGGCAGAACCAGGGCCUGGACCUGCGCAUGCUGCCUUAUGGCUGCCUGUCCAUCGGGGACUGUGUGGGUCUGAUCGAGGUGGUGAAGAACAGUUUCACCAUCAUGCAGAUUCAGUGUAAAGGAGGCCUGAAGGGGGCGCUGCAGUUCAACUCCAACACCCUGCACCACUGGAUCAAAGACAAGAACCGCGGAGAGGGGUAUGACCGGGCCAUCGACCUCUUCACCAGGUCGUGUGCAGGUUAUUGUGUGGCGACAUUCAUCCUGGGAAUCGGAGAUAGACACAACUCCAACAUCAUGGUGAAGGAGAACGGACAGCUGUUCCACAUCGACUUCGGCCACUUCCUGGAUCACAAGAAGAAGAAGUUUGGGUACAAGAGGGAGCGAGUGCCGUUCGUUCUCACUCAGGACUUCCUCAUCGUAAUCAGUAAAGGAGUCCAGGAGUCCACCAAGACCAAAGAGUUCGAGAGGUUCCAGGAGAUGUGUUAUAAAGCCUACCUGGCCAUCCGGCAGCAUGCCAGCCUCUUCAUCAACCUCUUCUCCCUCUUGCUGGGCUGCGGCAUGCCCGAACUGCAGAGCUUUGAUGACAUCGCCUACCUGAGGAAGACCCUGGCACUGGAGAAAAGCCAGCAGGAGGCGUUGGAGUAUUUCACCAAACAGAUGAACGACGCUCAUCAUGGAGGCUGGAGCACCAAGAUGGACUGGAUCUUCCACACCAUCAGACACAUGCCCAACGAACACUGAUAUGUAUAUACAUAUAUAUAUGUGUAUAUAUAUAUAUAUGUAUAUAUACACACACACACACAUAUAUAUACAUAUGUGUAUAUAUACACUCAUUUAUACAUAACACACAUAUGUAUAUACACUCAUUUAUACAUAACACACAUAUUUAUAUAACACACACCAUCAGACGCAUGUCCAACAAACACUGAUAUAUAAAUACAUAUAUAUAUGUAUAUAUAUGCAUAUAGAUGUAUAUAUAUAUCUAUAUAUAUAUAUAUACACAUAUGUAUAUGUAUAUACACACACACACACACACACACAUAUAUAUACAUAUGUGUAUAUAUACACUCAUUUAUACAUAACACACAUAUUUAUAUAACACACACCAUCAGACACAUGUCCAGCGAACACUGAUAUGUAUACACUUAUUUAUAUAUAACGCAUAUAUUUAUAUAACACACACACACACACACACACCAUCAGACACAUCCAACAGACUCUGAUAUAUGUAGACACCCAAACUGUAUAUAAACUGUAACACACACACACACACACACACACACACAAUGUGUCUUUACUGCACUACUGUGAGGAUGAGGAUGAUGGGGCAGAUGAAGGUGUUUGAUUGUUGUAUUUUAAGUAUCACGACAUCAUGUCGGUUGGAUGGUUGUCAUAGCAACAUGAAUCUCAGGGUCACAGGUCAGAGAGGUGGCUGAGGAUGCCAAAGGCAUGGGAAAACAUGAUGAUGAUGACGAUGAUAAUGAUGUCGUAAACGUCUUCCAGUCGGUGCUACAGUCAGCCUGUUAGCUGUGUUAGCUGCUCUGAACACAGAAAAAAAAAAAAACUUUAUUAGCGUAGCAUUGAUUUGAAUCAAACUUUAUUAAGACGCAGCUAAUUUGAAUGAAGCCAGCUUUAUUGAAACCAGCAAAGUGAACACUGAGGUCACUGUGAAAGCAAUAAAACCUCCAAUCACCAAUCAAUGCUUUGAUUAUGACAAUCAGGAGUUCGGACCAAUAGGAAGGCGGAGCUGAGCAGCUGUGGGUGGAGUCAUGGUGCUGAGACAAGACCAAACUAACCAAUCAGGUUUUUGUUGGAGUGUAAAAGCACACGUGUGAACACAGCGAGUUUUUAUCAGGGUCAUGUUCCAUCAUUAAACGAUACGUUAAAACCAACAUGAUGACGUCACAUUAGCCUGUUGUCAAAGUUUCUCUCUGAAAUGUUACGAACUUUAUUGCUCUUUAAAAAUUCAGACUUUCUUCAAAUGUAAUGACUUUUCUUAUGGAAAUAUUGAAAUUUGAUUUUUCAAAUUUUAUGACUAAAAAUAUUAAAACUUUAUUUUAAGAUAUUACAACUUUUGUAUCCUAAAAAUAGUUUGAUUUUCAGAUUUGUUCUUGAAAUCUUUAGAUUUUUUCUUGUGACAUUUCCGUCAGUUUUCGUUGUUAAAUUCCUGCAUGAUAUUUGAAAUUUUACAAGUUUUACCUGUAAAUUUUUUUAUGUGAUGUUGUGAAAUUCUCAGGCAUUGUUUGCGGUUAGCUUUUAGCAGUUAGCAGCUAAUUCAGAUUAGAAGAACAGCAGCUGUUAGCAGUAAGCAGCUAAAUCAGAGAAGAAGAACAGCAGCUUUUAGCAGUUAGUGGCUAACUCAAAGAAGAAUAACAAAAGCUGUUAGCAGUUAGCAGCUAACUCAAAGAAGAAGAACAGCCUCUGUUAGCAGUUAGGGGCUAACUCAGUGAAGAAAAGCAGCUGUUAGCAGUUAGCAGCUAACACAAAGAAGAAGAACAGCAGCUGUUAGCAGUUAGCAGCUAACUCACAGAAGUAGGACAGCAGCUGCUAGCAGUUUGCAGUGAACUCACAGAAGAAGAACAGCAGCUGUUAGCAGUUAGCAGCUAACUCAGAGAAGAAGAACAGCAGCUGUUAGUUACACUUUAUCAUCUCUCCGCUCGGAGUAAUAAAACUCAUGUUGCUGAUAUUUCCUCUGCAGACUGCAGCUAGCUGAUAAUUGUCGGUAAUAAGAGGCCCCUCCCACAGCUGCUGAUAGAUGGCAUUCCGACGUUAGCUCCAGAGAUCUGAACAUUUUUUAAUAUCAAAGUUUUGAGCUCUGAACUGAUUUUUACUGAAUAACAUAUCAAGUUUUAUCAGGGAUCAAAUGACAAUCUGAACCAAUCAGCUGCUCAUUAGCCAUUAGCUUGAUCAGGUGCACUGUGUCUAAUGAACCAUGCUAGGCUAGAUGUUAGCGUGUUAGCCUGUUAGCUGAGCUGUUGCACUCUAACCCAUAGUUAGUUAUUAGUUAGCUGAGCUGUUGCACUGGAACAAUGAAUUGUGGGUAGUUUAGUUAGCGUGCGUGGCAUCAGUGGAAGCCCCGCCUCUCCUGUUCCGGUGGCUGACAGCUACCAGGGGACGGGGCCCCACUCAAACGGGUUAAAGGGCCAUGACUCCCGUUUUUAAUGUGAAGGUUUGUGUUUGUUUCUGCUCAGGUCAGAGGUCAGGCUAAGCCCUGCCCACACAUGACUGUGCCGGUUAACAUAGUGACUGAAUAUGUGGAUCUGAGCAGACGUGAUGUGUUUUUUUUUUUCAUGUGAUUGAUUGAUUGAUUGAUUGAUUGAUUGACUGAUGUAGGUUAUUGAACAGUGAUGACGGCUGAUGUUUUUCUUUAUGUUGAGUAUUGUUCUGUGAUAACUAUUGAUCCUGUCUGAUUCUCCAUCAUCUCCAGGAAAAACUUAUAUGAAAUUAAGACAAUGGUUGGAAGACGCUACAAAACUGAUGCCCACAUACUGCAGGGUCGGCCAAUCAGAGGGCUCAUACAGCCUCCACGCCCAGAUUUGUUUUUAAACUGAACUUUACAACAGGUCACCUGGGGGGGCGGAGCGUGUUGUGUGACAUCACACACACUUAGCUGUGACUGUCAGUGUCAUCAUGGAUUAUCACUGGAUUUCAAAAUAAAAG